AAAUUAUAGGCCUUACCGAAGGCGACAGUGGCGAAGACGAUUGCUCAGCGCGCCGGCCGGCUACAGGUAGCCCAAUCCGGGGCCAUGGUUUAUUGGCGGCAGCUCCCGCUUCUGCGCAGAACAGUGAUCAAGCGGCUCGAGGGGCCAGCGGUCAUACUGAAGGCGUCGAGACCAGCAGCAGCGAUGGAGAUGACUCCCCCACCCCCCAAGAACUCUUUAGGAUGUCUCGAGGGGCGAUUGCUGCAGACCGUCCCGAUCGCAUUCGACGGGCAGCAAGCCCAGCGCAUCAGGAACACAAAGGAAACGGAAGCCUAGAUGGCGAUCGCGCUCCUAGACACGAAAAUAUUAGAGAUGGUAGUGGGCUGGGCGCUACUGGCGGUCCUUGGCCGGGACUGAUCGUGCCAGACAUAGAAGACGGGGCAGAGCAAUCCGGCGAUGACUUCUGCGCACGCAGCCCCACGACAGAGUUAAGUGACAGCCUCUGCGCUGCGUACAUGCCACGUCGUGAUGAUGACGACGGGCUAGCCAGCAUAACUCGGUCUGCGCCUGAACCGCUCUCUGUCGCUGACGUUCCCGGAUCUUUGGGGAAAGGAAAGCUACCGAUCGUUUCCAGCGACGAUGACAAUGACAUCGUCUCGGCUUCUAAAAGCAACCUUACAGGUAAGCGCGAACAGUGGCCGUCGAAAAGCAGCUACUGGCCGGGUUCAUUGUGAUGGGAGAGAGGUCCGUGUUGGAGACUAUAUUGUCGUCACAUGCGAAGGCGAGGAGGACGGCGAUCAGCCUCCGAUAGCUAGGGUAGAGAAGGUCCUCGCCCACGGUCGGCUCCAGGUACUAUGGACCUACCAUCCCUCGAGCUGUCAUUCGGCCUUGUUGUACCAUCGGUCUUUGACAUUACGUA